UAUAUUUUUCUACUUCUCCAACUCGCAGCCGCUUACCACCUUACCUUAGGUACCUGUUUGGCCAGGGUCUUCCGUCAGACUCCCACCUCUUCGCGUCUCUCGACGCCCGCUAUAUGACCGAUCUGCAUCGCUGCCGAAUAGUCAUCUCAGAUUGAAAAGCGCAUACAUGGUAGGCCAGGCUCCCAGCACCGACCUAGGCGCUCUCUCUCCAUGUCUGCCCCGUCCAUUCCGAAUCUCCUCUCCCUACGAGGCGCCCGGGGGGGGCCGCGGGACCGCGGCCGCGCGCGAGCAGGAGACCACUCGCAUGCCACUGCCCCCAGCCAGGAGACCAACAUCCAGGGCACAGAUACGGACGCCUCCGUGUCGCGCAUGAGUGCCGUCAAUCUCGGCUACCUGCAGGACCCGUUUGCGCAGUACUUUGUCCAUAUGUCGGUCAACGGCGUCGCCAGGAGACUUCCCAUUAUAAACCGAGGCACCUACGCCCGGACUACGGCGCUGGACAGGCUGAUCUCGGCCUUCCUGCUAAACAGCGAGGGGCGAGGGGAGCGGCAGAUCAUCUCUCUCGGCGCCGGCACCGACACGAGAUGUUUUAGAUUUCUCUCUCGGCCGAGCCCGACCGGCCUCAUCUAUCACGAGAUCGACUUCCCGGCAAUCGCGGCCAAGAAGCUGCACCUCGUGAACGCCAAUCCCCAGCUUGGGGUCAUCCUCUCGAACCCGCAGGCCGAGGAUGACGGCUGGAGUUGCCGGAGCUUGCCGAACGGCUGCCAAUAUUGGUGCCACGGGUUGGAUCUGAGGACCCUAGUCGGCAACGGCGUGAAGGCUCUCCGCGGUGUCCGGACAGACGUCCCAACCGUCUUGAUCUCGGAAUGUUGUCUCUGCUACCUAGAGCCUUCGGAGGCCCGGGGGGUUAUCAAGCACUUCACCGAGAUGGUGCCGGACCUCGCCAUCAUGAUCUACGAGCCGAUACACCCCGACGACUCCUUCGGCAAGCAGAUGGUAUCCAAUCUAGCGGCGCGGCGGAUACGCAUGCCAACACUGGAUUCCUAUCAGAACCCCGCUAAGCAGCAAUCCCGGCUUAGAGAGGCGGGCUUCGGCUUCGUCAGGAGCGUGACCAUAAAGGAGAUGUGGCAGCGCUGGAUCACGGACGAGGAAAGGGAGAGGGUAGACAACCUAGAGGGGCUGGACGAGGUGGAAGAGUGGAAUCUAUUAGCGGAGCACUACAUCGUAGUUUGGGGCUGGAGAGGCGAUGGGUUUCGCGGGUGGGAAUCGAUCUAACAGAGGGGAAGAGCUAGGACGACCGUGUGCAAGAUCUUUGAGCAUAGAAUGGGCGCCGCCAAUAAAGUAGGGUCCUCGAGAAUAUCCCAUCCAAAGCAUUCAUGAGACUAUCUUCUAUCGUCUCCGUAAUAGCCUUGCCUAGGCCAGUAAGCCAUGAGGGGACAUGUCUCUGAGCUCAGCAUCCCCCCGAGCUGCGACCGUUGCGUGGCUUUAAGGACUACAGGGACCAGCUAUAGCAUAUACGGGGGAUUUAGAGCUUAAGUACCCUAGAGAGUUGAGGGAGAGGGGCUCAGACCC